AUGGCCACCGUCACGUCGACGAUACAGACCAGGAGCAGGGUGGCCAAGCAGCAGCUUGAGGCAAAGGACCAGGACUUUCCCGAUGUGAAGACCAUCAAGUCCUGGAUUCCAGCACACUGCUUCCAGCCGUCUGUGGUCACCUCCAUGAGCUAUGUCGUCCGCGACUACGUCUUGGCUUUUGGCCUGGGAUGGGCGGCCCUGACCUACAUCCCUCAGAUCCAGGACUCCCUGCUGCGCACUGCAGCCUGGAUCGUGUAUGGCUACGUACAGGGCCUCAUCUGCGUGGGCAUCUGGAUUCUGGGCCACGAGUGCGGCCACGGCGCCUUCUCUACGCACAGGAAGUUCAACGACGUGAUGGGCUGGAUCCUCCACUCGUCGCUCCUUGUGCCCUACUUUAGCUGGAAGUUCAGCCACCACCGCCACCACAACUACACCGGCCACAUGGAGAAGGACAUGGCCUUUGUCCCCAGGACCGUCGAGGACCGCGGCAAGAAGCGCCUGGCCAACUUCUACAUGGACCCCGAGAUGUUCGAGGACACCCCCAUCGUCCAGGCCACCAAGCUCUUCUUCCACCAGCUGGUCGGCUGGCAAACCUACCUCCUGAUCAACGCCUCCGCCGGCAAGGGUAGCCUCCAGCGCGACAACAAGAGCUGGUUCCGCGUGAGCCACUUCGAGCCCACCUCGGCCGUCUUCCGCCCCAACGAGGCCCUCUUCAUCGCCCUCUCCGACCUGGGUCUGGCUCUCACCGCUUCCGCUCUCUACGUCGGGUCUACCUACGUCGGCUGGCAGACUGUCUUCCUGCUCUACAUUGUUCCCUACAUGUGGGUUCACCACUGGCUGGUCGCCAUCACCUACCUCCACCACAACCAUCCUGAGGUGCACCACUACGAGCCCGAGGCCUGGACCUACGUCAAGGGCGCCCUCGCCACUGUCGACCGUGACUUUGGCUGGGUCGGACGCGUUCUGUUCCACAACAUCAUUGACGAUCACGUUGUGCACCAUCUCUUCCCCCGCAUCCCCUUCUACAAGGCCAAGGAGGCCACCGAGGCCAUCCGCCCCAAGCUGGGCAAGCUGUACCAUCGUGACGACCGCUCGUUCCUGGGCCAGCUGUGGUCUGUCUUCACGACGUGCCGGUACGUCGAGAAGGACCCUGACGUCCCAGGUGCCAUGCGCUGGGCCAACAACGCCAAGAGCGAGUAAAUGGAUUGCUCGAAUCUUGUGUGCGUGUAUGUGUGUGUAUGUGUAUGUCUCUGAGAGACAGGACUGUAAAAUCUUCUGGGAAUAGACUACACGGAUGAUAGACAAACCGGGGUAACGUUACGAAAACAUUGUCGGAUGUACAGCAGCAGGGCUGGUAUUCAAGACGCUCUCAUGACGACGAUAGACAAAAAAGGAAAGACAGGAUAGACUACAGCUAGGACAAGAUAGACUCUAGAGUUGGACCUCGUAGGUCAUACUCAUAGACAAUAGACAAUAGACGAUCCGACAGAGAUGACAGACGGUUUAGUC